GCGCUCCCGGCUCGGUGCCGCUUCCCGGUGCCCGUUAUCAGUUCCCUUUCCCGCUCCCCGGUUCCCGGGAUCCGCCGGCGGGAGCCCCGAGGAGUUGGGGAGCGCACGCACCGUCGGGUGUGACCCCCCAGAGCCCCCCCCGAUGUCCGGCCCCGCCAUGGCCGGCGUUUACCGGGAGCAGACCCUGAUGGUUCUGCUGCUCUUCGGUGCCCUGUCCGCCGUCAUGGCCCUGCUCUCCUCCAACCUCCUGCUGCAGCUCUCGCAGGAAAGUUACUGGGAACUGCCGGGGUGGGCGACGCGCCCGAUGCAGGGGGUGGAGGCCACGCUGGCCGGGCUCUGCCUGAUGCUCAACCUGAGCUGCCUCCUGCUCUGCCUCCUGCACGGCCACCUCGGCACCGAGCUGGGCCGGGGGCAGCCCGGGCACGACCGGUGA